UCCGGUCGAGUUCAAAAUUCAACAAAACGACGUCGCCACUGUGCACUGUCUUAAGUCUUGGCUCACAAUUUACGAUUCGCUGAUUGUCGCUGAUACCGUACUACCUAGUGUUCAUAUAAUUUACGAAAAAUAAAAUUUUAAAAACUAAAUAAAUAAAGUAAAAAUAAUAAAAAAACGGCUUACGUUGAAAUAUCACGGAAGGGGUAGACGUAGACAACCAAAAAAGCACAGAAGAGUGUCCAAGUGUGAGGAAACAAAUUUGUCAAGGAAAUUAUAACCUGUAUUUUUGAAAUGCUUUCUGUAAUUCUGUCAUUGGUGAUUUAUUCGGCACAAUUUACUUGAUUUAAAUCAUUAUUUUUUUUGUUUUGUUUUGUUUUUUUUUUUUUGUUUAUUUUUUUUUUUUUUCAUCAUUUAAUUUUAUUAUUGCGAGGGUGAAUUUGAUUUUUUUUAAAUUUAAAAUUUAAAAUAAAAAACAAGAUGAAAAUUUCAGUUAAAAUUCUCCAAGGACGAGAGUGUGUAGUUGAGAUAUCACCGUCGGAGACAGUUUUGGAACUGAAAAAUAAAGUCAGCGAACUUUUGGGUGUGGAUGUGCCUCAACAAAAACUUUUACUAACUGGCAAAGCACUUGCAGAUGAAAACCCUUUGAGUUUCUAUCCUGGUAUAAAAGAUGGUAGCAAAUUAAAUCUGGUAGUCAGAAAGACAACCCAAGAAUCAGGUGAUGAAAAAUCACAAUCGGUACAAAAAUACGGAACUGCAUUAUUGCGGGAAUCGGUAUCGAAAGUAUUGAAAAAAUAUUACAGUCAAACAGAAACUGAGUCAAUUAUAAAUGAACUGGUCAAAGAUUUGAGGACCAAAGUUAAUAAUCUUAGUUUUGAUGAUUUGGAGAGAUUAGCUACUGCUUUACUUCAAGAUCAAGAAAAUAUAGUAUGAUGAUGUAAUAUUUCAUAAUAAUAAUAUUAUUAUUAUUUACUAUUUCAUAUUUAACAAUUUAUUAUUAUUAUUAAUAUUACUAUUGUAAUAAUAGUUUUACUGAAUUAAUAUUACGUUUUUUAUUGUAAUUAUUACUUAAUAAUCAUGGCAUACCGUAAUUAUUAAUGCUUUCACGCAAUAAUAAAUUUUAGUUAUCAGCAAAAUCAUUUUUUUUAAUUGUAACAA